CAGCUCCAAAAAGUCUAGUUGAAGCUCGAGCUGCUCAUAUUCUGAUUGUUUCUUUCUUUGCCUGCUCACUGAUUCUCUGACCUGCUGCAAUAAUGGAAGAAGAAACCGAAUUGACUACUUUGAACCAGCCAGAUCAAAAUGACCAGUCAACCCUAGCCACAACAUCUAAUAAUAACAGUAAUAACGACAACAACAACAACAACAAUGCUGGUAACUCAAGCUCUAAUUCUAGCUCUAAGUCGAAUUCUAAUUCCAAUUCCAGCUCUCAUUCAAAUCCAAAUGCUUCUGCCUUGAAUUCAAAGUACAAAAAAGAUCUCAAAUUACUUUUCAAGGCUUGUCAGGUUGGUGAUUUGAAAACUGUCCAAAAUCUUUUGGAAUUUAACCCAAAAUACGUCAAUUCUUACCUAUCUGAUAAUAUAUCUGCUCUACAUUGGGCCAGCAUCAACAACAGACUCUCCAUUGUCAAAUUCCUUAUUUCAAAGGGUGCAAUAGUAGAUCAUAAAGGCGGCGAUCUAAACGCUACUCCAUUACAUUGGGCUUGCAAAUAUGGUCUUGUUUAUAUCGUCCACUACUUGAUUCUAAAUGGUGCCAGUCCCUUAAAAAAAGAUGCUGAGGGCUUCAACGCUCUUCAUUUAGCAGUUCACUCCUCAAAUAUAAUGCUCGUUAUCUACAUAAUAAUAAUGACUGGAAUCCCAAUUGACGAACUAGAUUCAAACAGUAGAACCGCACUUCACUGGGCUUGUUAUCAAGGUGAUUCAUUAUCUGUCGACUUUCUCUUGAAUUUUAAUGCCAACAUUAAUCUCCCUGAUAAUACCGGUUUUGCUCCCCUACAUUGGGCCCUACUAAAGGGCAAUCGUUCAAUCUUGAAAAAUCUUAUAAAUAACAAUGCUGAUUUAUCCUUGAAAACAAUAGAAAAUAAAGAUCCUUUUAUAGUUGCAAAAGAAAUGAACACAAUCAAAAAUUUUAAAACUGCUCUCAUAGAAUGUGAUAGAAAUCCUUCCUCUGGCUCUUUAAAUAAAAGAUUUCUUAACACCUCUUUAAAACACAAAAAAAUAGCAAAGAUCUCAACUUUCUUCAUUCCCUAUCUAGCAAUGGGUUUAAUCCUCUAUUUUUUAUCAGAAUUAAAUUAUAAUAAAGAUUCCUUUGAUCAAUUUGGCACCUACUAUUAUUAUUCCCCACUACUAAUUAUCUUCCUACUAAUACUAGCCCUAUCUCUAAUAACAAUCUUCACAAGAAGUUUAAUAUCAAAUUACUUGAAUGAAAAAAAUUCCCUAAUAAAAUCUCCCUUUUUAUCUGGUGUAUUCUCUUCAACUAGUUUUUAUGUUAUUUGUUCUUGGUUCUUCUAUGUCUUACCAACCACUUCCUCAGCAUACCCUCUAACAAAUCUCUUCUUAUUUCUUUUCAUAUCAGCAAUGGUCUUUGCUUUUUUUAACUCGAUGUUCUUAAACCCUGGCCUAAUCCCUAAACCAAAAUCAAUCCAGAAAAAUAUAACAGAUCUACUUGACAUUGGAAAAUUCGACUCAAAAAACUUUUGUAUUAGAACAUACAUUAGAAAACCUCUAAGAAGUAAAUACAGCAUGAUAUCCAAAAAUGUCGUUGCAAGAUAUGACCAUUAUUGUCCCUGGGUUUAUAACGAUAUCGGUUUAACAAAUCAUAAAUCCUUCUUAUUCUUCAUCUUAUCUUUAGAAUUGGAUAUCUGGUUAUACGUCUUCCUAUUAUUAAAUCACUUUAAAUCAAUUUAUUUUCUUCAUUAUAAUAGCAAUAACGAUACUUAUGAUUUGCCUUACUCACAAUGCAAAAUCCUAUCUGAUAAACUAUGCUAUGGCUAUAAUUAUUCCUUCUCCUCUUUCGUUUUGUUAUGUUUUGUUUGUUUUCAAGGCACUUGGAUUUUCUUCCUAGUUUUAACUCAAUUUUGGCAAAUAUCAAUGAACCUAACAACCAAUGAAGCAAAUGAAUUACAAAAAGAUCAUCAAUACGCUUCAGCUCCAAACUCAAACUAUCAUUACUCCUCGGUUCCCCCCGAUUUCUCUAGUGAUUCAAAUGAUAUAGUCAAUUCAACCGAGAACGACUUGACUUCUACUCUCUCAAACCAAUCAACUUCUGCCAAUUCAAUAUCAACAAAUUCUCACCAUAUUAAGCGCUACUCUAAACAAAUCACUUGUUGCUCAUCUUUUAAAAAAGUCACAGGUAUAGACCAAUUUUGUUUAUUCUUAAACAAAAAUAGACUAAACUUUUUAAAGAAAAAUAAAUUUAAUAAUGGUUUUAAAAUAAAUUGUCUAGAUUUUUGGUUAAAUGAUGAUAACUUAGAUAACGGAAUAAAAAGUUUGUUUAAAACUCCUCCACAAAAUGGUUACGGUAGAUUUAAUGGUGAAAUCAUUAAUUAUUAUGAAUUUUAUGAUAGUCAUAUUGCUUCCAUGACUUAUAGACAACUAGUUUAGUUCG